AUGCCGCCCAAGUUCACAGCGAAUCCUCAGAAGCCCUCGCGGUAUCGCGCCGGCAAGCCCACCCAGCCGGAAUCAUCAUCCGAGUCCGACAGCGAUGACGAACAGCCAAGGGAAAAAGCAGCCAAGAAGGCACUAGAGCCCGCGGUCGCCUCACGCAAGCCCACCGGGCCCGGAAAGAUCAUCAGCACCGGCUUAGCCAACAAGCCAGUCGCGGCAUCGGCCAAACCCCCGACCGGGGAGGACGCAGCGGCCCGGGCCCGCGCCGAGGCGGAGCGCAAGGCAAAAGAGGAUGGGUUCGUCACCGAGAGCGAGGAGAGCGGCAGCGGAGAGUCUGGAGAGGAAGAUUCGGAUGACGAGAGCGGCAGCAGCAGCGAAGACGAGGCGCCGCGGCGCAGGCUGAUGAUGCGGCCAAAGUUCAUUCCCAAAUCCCAACGCAACGCGGCACAGGAUGCAUCAGCGGGCGGGGACAAACCCGACGAGGAAGCGGACGCCGCGGCUCGUCAGGCGGCUCUGGAUGCCGCGAUCGAAGAACAGGUCCGCAAGGACGCCGCGGCCAAGGCGGCCGGCCGGAAACACUGGGAGGACGAUUCGGAUGCCGAGCCUGGAUCCGACUUUGUGGAUGACACGGACGAUAUCGACCCCGAGGCCGAGUACGCGGCGUGGAAGGUUCGCGAGCUUAAGCGGCUUAAGCGCGAGCGGGAGGCCAUCGAGGAGCGGGAGCGCGAGGUGCAGGAGAAGGAACGCCGGAUGGCGCUGACCGAGGAGGAGAGGCGAGCUGAGGACGAAGCCAAGAUUGCCAAGCAGCGUGAGGAGCAAGCCAACAGGGGAAAGAUGGGUUACAUGCAAAAAUACUUCCACAAGGGCGCCUUCUUUGCCGACGACGCAGCCAGAGAGGGCCUCAACAAGAGAGAUCUUGCGGGUGUCAGGUUCCAGGACGAUGUCAAAAACCGAGAGCUGCUGCCACAGGCGCUUCAGAUGCGCGACAUGACCAAGUUGGGCAAGAAGGGCGCUACCAAGUACAAGGAUCUCCGAUCUGAAGAUACAGGGCGUUGGGGAGAUGGUGGCGGAAAGGAUCGAUAUGGCAGAGGGCUGGGAGAUCGCUUCGACGGCGACGAAAGAUUCAGACCAGAUAGUGACAGGGGCGGUGGUUACGGCCCGGAUGGUGCCAAAGGGGCCAAUGCAAUUCCCUUGGGGGAACGGAAGGAGGACAGUCGCAGGGACAGAUAUCAGGAAUCUCGUCGCGAUGAUAGCAGAGACAGAGACAGGAGGGGUUACAGGACUCGGUCAAGAUCGAGGUCCCCAAGGCGGCAGGACAGGCGAGACUAUGAUAGGGAUCGGCGUACUUCAAGAUCACCCAGGCCUGAUCGGAGAGAUUACAGCAGGGAACGCAGGAAGCGAUCUACAUCACGAGAUGGUAGAGAUGGGGACCAUGGUGACAAGCGACGAAGGAUAGAGACAAGAUAA